AUGCCAGGCCACAGUUUCAGCACAUCUCCCAGGCCCAUUCAGAUCUCAGCUCAAGGCCCAAAGUCAAGCAACAGGAGGACCCAGCUCAUCCUCCAAAGUCUCCACAGAAGAAGUCCUGGUCCAAGCUCAGAAGAAGAGGAGGAAGAGGACCUUGAAGAAAUCAGGAAGAGGAGGGAGGAAAGACAGCGGGAGGAAGAGCGGAGGAGAAAAAGGAAGGAAAAACAGCACCAAGGUGAAUGGCAAGCGGUCCAGCCCAAGCAGAGACCUCACACCAACACUAACCCUCAACGCCACGUUACCAGAACCAAGAGGAGGAGGAGCGACGAAGAGGAGAGAGAGUCUCACCCGGACCCUUCCCUUCCGCCCUCGCCACCCUCACCCCUUCCUGUCGCCCCUCCCACGGACUCCUCCUCUUCGUCGUCUUCCUCAUCAGAGUCUGACUCGGAGCCCGGCCUGCCGCCCAACGUCACCAAGGUCCCUGCGGACUCCACGUCCAGCCAGCGCCCCGUCCCCAGGAGAGGCCACCAGGGCCAGGGGAAGCACGGCGACCGCCGUCCUGGAGUGCUCUAUCCCAGGGGCACUGCCACGUUGACACCCGACCAGGGGCAGCCGAGCCAGGGGAAGCAAAAGCUCUACACCCUGGUCCCAUUUGGACGUAGUGAGCAGGCCACAAGCUCCCAUCGAGGCCUGAGGAACUUGGUGGUGCAGAUAGAUCUCUCCCUGCUCAACCGAGUACCGGACACAACGACAGGCACCCCCGCAUCUUCCAAGCACCCCCCCUCGGCUCCCUACUCAUCUAAGCAGACGGAGGCCAUGCGACACCUCUACACCCCCGACACAGAGGGAGGAGACAGGAGGAGAAAACGCAAGGUGGAGAAUGGGGUCCUGCACAAAGAGAGUAAGAGGAGUAACCUCCCACCCCAGAGCCCCCCGGUCCACGCUACAGCCAGCAGACACCAGGACCCCCACUCCGACACCACGCACAACGGGUUCUUGGAGGACUUCCUGGACAGCAAAAGGCCUCUGUCCCCGCUGUCACCCCUGUCGGACACCGCAGAGCCCCCGAAGCCCCCCGCCAAAACCCAACACCCGGGUUCCAGCCACCCGGACAAACCCAGGGGCCAGCCUAAGAUGGAGGGCGUGGGGGUGUCAGGGAAGCCCCCGCCUGACUGUGAAUCCUGGGGAUCCUCUUUACAACGGUCGGUGGGACCAAGAGGAACCGUUCCCCCACAUGAACCCCCACAGCAUGCUGAGUAUUACAUGCAUGAAGCCAAGAGGAUGAAACAUCGUGCAGAUGCCAUGGUGGAUAAGCUGGGGAAGGCGGUGAACUACGUGGAUGCCGCCCUAUCUUUCAUGGAGUGUGGCAAAGCUAUGGAGGACGGACCGCUGGAGGCCAAGUCUCCCUACACCAUGUACGCCGAGACUGUGGAGCUCAUCCGGUAUGCCAUGAGACUGAAGAACCACUCAGGUCCAGGAGCCCGACAGGAGGACAAACAGCUGGCCGUGCUGUGUUUCCGGUGCCUUGCUCUCCUGUACUGGCAGAUGUUCCGUUUGAAGAAGGAUCAUGCCCUGAAGUAUUCCAAAGCCCUCCUGGACUACUUCAAGAACUCUCCUAAAUCCUCCACCGGCCCCAUCAUCUGGAGCGAUUCUGGAAAGGGCACUGGGGGACCUCCCACCUCCCAAUCCCCCAACUCCUCAGGCCUUUCUCUGGGCUCACAACCUGGCAGCUCCCCUUCUUCUCUCAUCAGCAUUCCCCAGCGCAUACACCAGAUGGCGGCCAACCACCUCAACAUCACCAACAGUGUCCUCUACAGCUAUGAGUAUUGGGAGGUAGCAGAUAGCCUGGCCAGAGACAACAAGGAGUUCUUUAACUACCUGAACACCUUAUCGGGACCACUGACUCUCCAUAGUAGUAUUGCUCAUGCAGUCCAAUAUACCAGACAGGCUCUGCAGUGGAUACGCAUCAGUGCCAAAGUGGGCUAAUGGAGGGACAAGACCCAACAGCCUGGCCUAGGGGAGGGAGGGACAAGACCCAACAGCCUGGCCUAGGGGAGGGAGGGACAAGACCCAACAGCCUGGCCUAGGGGAGGGAGGGACAAGACCCAACAGCCUGGCCUAGGGGAGGGAGGGACAAGACCCAACAGCCUGGCCUAGGGGAGGGAGGGACAAGACCCAACAGCCUGGCCUAGGGGAGGGAGGGACAAGACCCAACAGCCUGGCCUAGGGGAGGGAGGGACAAGACCCAACAGCCUGGCCUAGGGGAGGGAGGGACAAGACCCAACAGCCUGGCCUAGGGGAGGGAGGGACAAGACCCAACAGCCUGGCCUAGUGAAGGUGGGGGAAGUACAACAACGUGUCCUCAUGGAGAGAAGUACAGAACCCAGCCACCUAGCCUAAUAAAAGAGGAAUGAGACCCAUCAACCAGGCUUAAUGGAGGGGUGAGACCCAACAACCAGGCCUAGUGAAGGGCUGGACAAGAUCCAACAAUCUGUCCUGUUGGAGGCAUGAGACCCAUCAACCUAAAAAAUUAGAAGGAGGUAUGAGGAACAACAACCUGGCCUAUUGGAGGGAUGGACAAGACCCAACCAUCUGGUCUAUUGGAGGGACCAGACCCGACAACCUGGCCAAUUGGUGGAAGGGACGUGACCCAGAAACCUAGCUUUGUGGUGGGGGAGAUGAGACCCCAAAACAUGGCCUUGUGGUGGGGGAGAUCAGACCAAACAACCUGGCCAAGUGAAAGGUGGGAAUUGAUCCAACAACCUGACAUUGUGGUAGCAUUGAUGAGGCUCAAUAAAAUGGCCUAAUGGAAUGAGGGAUGAGGCUCAAUAACCAGGACUAGUGGAGCAAGGGACUAGACCCAAAGCUUUGGCCUUAUGGAUUGAGAGGGACACACACUGUGUGAUUACCAACAACCUCCACUGUGUUCUAUGUCUUGUACUGUUAAUUAUUCAUUUUGGAUAAAUGUGCUUUACCCAUAGACAAAACUCAUACUAGCUUGGACAUCGUUAUGGCAUGUCCAGUGGAAUUGUUAUGCAGUCAGUUGGGUCAGACUUUAACUUCAUUGGCUGACCUCUCUUGAAGAGUCCAACCGGAUUCCCAGGAGGUCUCAACCAAUAAACUGUAAUGGAACACACAACUUCCCAUGCUACCCAUUGAGCAGGAUAUACCUCUUUCCCUCUCCGGGGCAGGACCUUGUAUGGGGAGGUUUUGUUAAUUCUUCAAAGAGGCAUAAGGAAUUUGUUUUGAUGUCUCUGUCAGAGCAGGAGACGUUGAUUUAUUGCCUCCAAACCUGCUGCUUUUGCCAAAUGUGCCACAUCGGUAAUCUUGAAACCCAGAUGGGAACUGUUCAACAAGAACGUUGACGAAGAACAUGGUACGGUUCACCUGGGGGGGCUUUGAGAUGCCUCUACUGCACAGAAGAGCCUGACGUGACUACAUUUCCCAUGGGUCUUACCAGCACUAAUUAAUUAUUCCGUGGAAAGAUGAAGUUGGCAUUUUUAGUUAUCUUUUGGAUUGUUGGACCACUGAUCCAAAAAAUGCAUACCAACCUACUGGUGAUUUUACUUGUACAACUAAACUGUGUUGUGGCCUUUUGAAUAUUUUGAGAUGCCUUUCACUUUUUUUAAAUAUUUUUUUAUGUGCAAUAUGUGUUUGUCAGAUUGUCAGAUUUUUUUUUUUAUCAAAGUACCAAUGCUUUGGCACUUGGAUGUUGUUUUGUUGGCG